GUGAAUCUUCGCUCCCGUGGCUCGCGGGGAGCGGCGCCGCUGCUACCCCCACGGAUCCAGGGAGCAGCCGCCGCCGCCAUGUCCGGCUGCCCCUGCUCCACCUCCACCUCCUCCUCUCCACUCUCCCUCCUGCCUUCCAGUUCCGUCCCCUCUACUCCGAGAUGCAGUAGGGUCGCCUUCUCCUCGUGCGGCCCACGGAGGAGCGGGAUGCGACGCAGAGGCACGCGCGAUUGCAGCAGCAAGGAUGAGAAGGCGGAGGCGGGGGAGGAGGGAGAGCCUGCGUUCAACCUGUUCGGGUUCGUGGAGUCGUGGAGCCGCAGCGCCAUCCAGGUGCCGUGGAGUCGCCCGCUCAGGACGGCAAAUGUCGGCCAGAUGGUCUACACGACAGAGGACAAAGAGAGGGAGUAUGGCAAUAGCGUGAGAUGAGGAGAGCUGGGAUGGUUCGUGAGGGAAACAGGUAAUUUGCCUUUUGUUUUGACAGUAGGAAACAGAUAAUUUGCUUGCUCAUCCUUGUGACGUGGAGAUGACUUUCCUAGGGUAACAUUUGUAUCCGGAGGGGGUAGUGCUGCACCGUGUGAAACUUGAUUGAUUGUGACGGACCUUUGUGGAGCUGAAACUUGAAACUGUUGAUCUUUCUUUUUUCUAAUGCAAUUUAUGUAUGA